AUGUCUAGCUGGAACACAAGCUGCAGUGAAAGUGAGUUGAGUGGAGGUAACCAGACAGAUCCUGCAACAUAUCAGCCGUCUGCAGCGGUUAUUAUCCUUCAGGCCAGCGUGAUGAUUUUCACCAUAAUUACAGAUAUUAUUGGUAAUAUUCUGGUAAUCCUCUCUGUAUUACUAAACAAGAAGCUUCAUACUCCUGGUAAUAUCUUUGUCAUCAGCUUAUCUGUGGCAGAUCUCAUUGUAGCAGUGUACCCUUAUCCACUGAUCACAAUUGCGAUCCUGCAGAAAAAGUGGACACUAGGUUAUGGCCAGUGCAAGGUUUCCUCAACCAUUAUGGCUCUUGGUCUCUCUGGAUCUGUUUAUAAUAUCUUGGCAAUAGCAAUUAACAGAUACUUGUGCAUUUGCCACAGUUCUAAAUAUGAUAAGCUGUAUAGCAUGAAGAACACUUACUGCUAUGUUUUCCUGACAUGGAUAUUAAUUGUCAUUUUAUUGUUGCCGGUUACAUCAACUGAUGCCAUACAGUAUGACUCACGAGUGUACUCAUGCAUAUUUAGCUUGAACACAAACUUGUCCUUGAAUCUUGCUUUGGCAUCUUUCCAGUUUAUAAUUCCAGUAUCUAUUGUGAUCUUCUGCUACAUGAGGAUUUGGGUCUUGGUCAUUCAGGCCAAAUAUCGAGUCAGACGGGAUAACAAACAAAAUUUGAAAUUGAAUGAACUGAGAAACUUUUUGACCAUGUUUGUAGUCUUUGUUCUUUUUGCAAUCUGCUGGGGCCCAUUUGGUAUAAUUGGUCUAACAGUGGGCUUUAGUCCAAGAGGUAAGGCACCAAAAGUGGCUGAUUGGCUGAUAGUAUUGAGUUAUUUCAUGGCCUAUUUUAAUAGCUGCCUGAAUGGAAUUAUUUAUGGAGUCUUUAAUCGUAAUUUCAGAAAUGAGUACAAAAGAAUUGUUUUAUCUCUAUGCACCUGUAUGUUGAGACAACCACAAAAGUUAACCUAG